AGACGGGCAAAACACGGAAGUACGGCUGAGCAGGACCAGACAGCAGCCACUGUCUACGCCACGUAGCUCUGCGAAUCUGGACUUCUUGAAAGUGUCUCACUGCAAUUUAUCACCUAUUGUUGCUUUGCUGAUUAAAUAUAUGCAUGCAUACAUGUAUGCACUUUUCACAUAUCCGACCGUGAGCCUCAGGGGAUCAUAAACGAUCAAUAAAUGGAGGGAAACAGACAGGUUGUCCUAGCCACUGAGACGUAUGGCUCUGGAGAGUCUUGGGAGUAUGUGGCUCAGGACGGAGCGAUGGAGAGGAGGAGGGACGGCCGCGACGGGGCGUCCGGAGGAGGGAACUAUGUGAUCGGCGUGUUUAAAAGUGUGUUCCUGCCUCAAGGCUACCCGGAGAGCGUCAGUGCAGACUACCUGCAGUAUCAGUUCUGGGAUACAGUGCAGGCGUUUGCCAGCUCCCUGUCUGGGACCCUGGCAACUCAAGCCUCGCUAAGAGGAGUGGGUGUGGGGAACCAAGAGGCCACCGUCGCCGCUGCCACGAUCACCUGGUUACUAAGAGAUGGAACUGGGAUGCUGGGAAGAAUCCUGUUUGCCUGGCGGAAAGGGACUAAGCUGGACUCUGAGGCCAAAAUAUGGAGGCUCUUCGCAGACGUGCUCAACGACUUUGCAAUGUUCAUGGAAAUCAUUGCUCCAAACUUUCCGGCCUCCUUCACAUUGAUUGUGUGCACUGCGGGAAUAUUCAAGUCGAUCGUGGGCGUGGCCGGGGGGGCGACCAGAGCUGCUCUGACUGUUCAUCAGGCCCGCAGAGACAACAUGGCCGACAUCUCUGCUAAAGACGGCAGCCAGGAGACAUUGGUCAAUCUGGCCGGACUCCUGAUCAGUUUGGUAUUAAUUCCCCUGGUCACCGACAAUCCUGCCCUGACCCUCAGCCUCUUCUUCCUCUUCACCGCGCUCCACCUCUUCGCCAACUACAAGGCCGUGCGCUCCGUUGUCAUGGAGACCUUCAACGAGGCGCGGCUGUCCAUCGUGCUGCAGCAGUACCUGAGGGACGGGCGGGUCCUCAGCCCGGCGGACGCCAACCGCCAGGAGCCCGUGUUCCUGGACUUCAGGAGAACGGCGUCCAUCAAGUAUGGGGUCCGGCUGAAAGACGUCGCCCAAAGCCAGGAGGAGCUCCAGCUGGCCCUGAAGAACAACAGCAAGCCGUACCUCCUGGGGUUGAAAAACGGCUGCGUUUCUGUGUGUUUGGCUCCACAAGUGUCGGUGUGUGACCAGCUCCGCGCGGCGAGCCAGGCCCUUUCUCUCCGGAGCCUGCUGCAGCUCUCCCCCGCGGAGGAGAGCGACGCUCCCAAGAAGCUUCUGACGUUAAAAAGCCCAUGUCCUUGGGAAAUGGUUUGCAACAGCCACUCGCUAAUGGACCGGAUGUUUGAGGCGUUUCUUAAGGGUGUUGAGUCGGCUGGAUGGCAAACACAUCGUACUCUGCUGGACUGGGAUGAGUGGAGGGUGCAAUGGAAAUCGAAGACCAACUAAGUGUUGAUUUAUGUACUUUUACGUUUUCAACGUUCAUUCUCAAUUUCAAAAAUAUCCUUUCUGUAACUUUUAAUUUUGUACAAAUAAAAUGCAAAUCAUA